AUGGGCGUCUCGAGAUCUCUGAAGGCUGCUUUGCAGCAUCUAAUAAAGGAAAGCAAGGCAUUGCAGAAACAUCAGCAACAGAGGCGCUACUACCUCGAAUCCCUUGAUGAGUUCCCUACCUCAACUCAGUUGCAGCUGUUGCGCCAACUGCUCUGCCUGCGAUCACCCGAGCCCCCUCUACCUGACAGAAUUUGUGAGAAUCUUCAGAGCAUAUACGCUUUCCUCCAUUCACAUCGCUUCCUCACCCACGUCGAUUCCCUGCAGCCGGUGAAGUCAGUGACCUCGCUAAAGAAGCAGACACAGACCAAUCUCAUUCUGUGGCAGGGGGACAUCACCACUCUGACCGGCGUCGCCGCGAUAACCAAUGCCGCAAACUCUCAGAUGCUGGGAUGCUUCCAGCCCAGCCAUCGCUGCAUCGAUAACGUGAUACACUCUUGGGCCGGGCCUGGGCUCCGCCAAGAGUGUUACGAAAUCAUGUCUGACCGGACUUCCGAGCUGCCUGCUGGUGAUGCUAUCACCACAAGAGGCCAUCAUCUACCGGUACCAUAUGUGAUACAUACCGUCGGACCGCAGCUUCGCCAGGGAGACAAACCAACUGAAACAGAGAGGCGGCAGCUCGAGGGCUGUUAUACCUCGAUCCUGCGAGAAGCAGAGCUGCUGACUGUGGCGGGUUCGAGAAAGGCAAUCGCUCUGUGCUGCGUUUCAACUGGCCUGUUUGCCUUUCCUCCCUCCGAAGCCGCCGAGAUCGCCGUGCGAACGACUACUCAGUGGUUGGAAGGCCGUGACUCAACAAUAACCGAUGUGAUUUUCACCACGUUUACCGAUGCAGACACGAGUAUCUACCAAGACCUACUCAAAGGUGCACGGUCGCAUGACCCGGUUCCUAUAUCAGGUCCGCUUGGCCAGUCCCCAUCACUGCAACUCGCUCGCAGCUGGCUCAAGUCCGCCGAUGCCAUCGUCAUCAGUGCCGGGGCCGGUCUCUCGGCCUCUAGUGGCCUGGACUAUACCUCAACGGCACUCUUUGCCAAGCACUUCCCGGGCUUCCUGAAGUAUGACCUGACGACGCUAUACAGUGUCUUUGGGUUCGCAGGCUGGCCUUCGGAACAGGACCGGUGGGGCUAUUACUUCACGCAUAUGAACAUGAUCAAGUCCUGGCCGAAGUCGUCAGUGUACGGGACCUUGAUCGCGUGGUUAAAGAGCCAGGCCGCCGAUGUGCACGUCAGAACGUCAAACGCGGACGGGCUCUUCCUCGCGAACGGCUGGAGCGAGGAGAAGCUGUCCACCCCGCAGGGGACAUAUGCCGUGCUCCAGUGCCUGGCGAACUGCCGGCCGGACGCGACUUUCCCAACGAUGCCGUACCUAGACGCGGCCACGCCCUUCCUCGAUCCCGUCACCCAGCACCUGACCUCUGGCAACAAGAUACCGCUGUGCGAAUACUGCCAUGGCCCCAUGAGCAUUUGCGUCCGCGCGGGCGACUGGUUCAACGAGCGGCCGUUUGCGGCGGGCGAGCAGCGGUGGCGGGAGUUCAAGAGGCGGAACGCGGGGAAGCAGGUCGUCGUCUUGGAGCUGGGGGCCGGCAACUCGACGCCCGGUGUCUUGAAGUGGCCCAACGAGAACAUGGUCGAGCGGUCUGGUGGCUUGACUAAGCUGAUCAGGGUCGGGAUGGGGCUGGAUGCGGUGGUGUCGUUGGAACUGGAGGAAGAGGGGCAAGCCACGUAUAUCGAUGGGAACAUUAGAGAGGUUGUGCCGGCUCUUUGUUUACCAUAG